UGUGUUUGGGGGUGUGUUUGGAGAGGGGAUCUGUGGAGGUGUUUCUAUAUUUGUUUCACAAAAUAACUACAAUUCCCAGAGUGCUUUGCGUCUGCACAUGCGCACUGGGAGGAGUCGGGCUCAUGAGCAGCACGUGGGGCUCUGGAGAGUCCGGAAUAGCCACAGACACAGAGAGAUGUUGAGGCUGUUGAUUUUGGGGUUGACACUGAGCGUGGUGGUGAUGGCGGUGGACGAGGAGGAGGUGCUGAAUUCCUGUAUGGAUGGAAAACAUCACAAGGCCAGGCCGAGCUCCGAGGGGGCAUUGUACCGGCAGUGUGCACCGUGGAAGAGCAAUGCCUGCUGUACCUCCAACACCAGCGAGGAAGCCCACCUUGACCAAUCCUACCUCUACGGCUUCAACUGGGACCACUGUGGCAUUCUGACCGAGCAGUGCAAGCGCCAUUUCAUCCAGGACACCUGCCUGUAUGAGUGCUCCCCACACCUGGGCCCGUGGGUGCAGAAGGCUGAUGAGUCCUGGAGGAAAGAGCGGAUUCUGGAUGUGCCGAUCUGUAAGACAGACUGUGAGGAGUGGUGGACUGAUUGUAAGGAGGACUUUACGUGCAAAGAGAACUGGCACAAAGGCUGGGACUGGUCGUCAGGAAUAAAUAAAUGCCCAGAAAACACAGAGUGCAGAAAGUUCACAGAUGUUUUUCCGAGUCCAGCUGACUUUUGCGAGAAAGUGUGGAGCAACUCUUACAAGUACACCUCAUACGAUCGGGGGAGCAAGCGCUGUGUCCAGCUGUGGUUCGAGGGCAACAGGAAUCCCAACAAGGAGGUGGCACGUUUCUACGCCGUGCAGAAGGGGCUGAUUUCUGAGUCUCCCGUUGACAAACGCACUGCUUUGCUGCCUCUGACUGUGUUCCUGGCUGUCAUGUUGUCCUAACUUCACUGUGAAGUAAGGAGUGGGAUGUGAACUUCUCCACACAGUGAUUGCACCGUCAGUAGUGCACCUGGCCUCUUAGUAGAGUCCUGCAGCUCAGUGGUUAGAGUACUCGCAUCGCAAGCGA